AUGCCUGACAAUAGAAUGAGCAGAAAAGACUUUGAUUUUCAACAAUCGAGUAAUUUGCCUCCUCGAAGUGAAAAUAUGGUUCAGAAAUCUUCUAAUGAAUCAACGCAUCACAACUAUGGAGGCUGUGGAGCAAGGUCCAUUGGACAUGCAAGGCAAAUUGUAGGCUCCGAGUACAACAUUGAACGGUCACCACUUAAUCCACAUUCUCAGGGCAAGGUUGCCGAGAGAGGUAAUGGAUAUCCUUCUUCGAAAGAAAAGAACUCCUAUGAUAGUAAUCAUGGCAACCCUGGAAGAUCCCGUCUAAGACCAGCUACUAUGAGAGAUAAAACUAUAAGUUUAAUUAAUUUCUCCCUAAUUUCAUUAUCUGAUUUCAUAAGAUAG